UUUUGAAUCAUUUUUAUUCUCCUGGUCCUCCUUAUAGUGUGGUGUGUUUGAAUCUGUUUCAAUAAUGGAGAUUACACUCACGGAUAUGCCCAUUAUUUUCGUUUUCAUUUCAUCUUCUGGAGUUACUACUUAAAUAAUAUAAUAUGCUGCAUCGCUUUUGCUUAUUCCUUGGAAGAGGCGACACUAUGAAUAGCAUGUAAUACCUAGAAGAUUAAAAGAAUAAUACCAAUGAGGAAUUAUUAAUAUCUCCUUGGUAAUUCUCCUCGUGCAAUUACUCGUUAUAAGCUUCUAUUAAUAGGAUUACCCAGCAGACUUUUGCGAUUUGCCAUUUGUUUUGUAUCCAACUUCAAGGAUUUAUAGAUCAUUCAGAUUAUCGCUUUCAUCAUGGCAAGUGACAAUGCGGACUACCCUCUAAUGCUUGAAAAAAGAAAAUCAUACGGAGGACAAGAUUCCAAAGAAGAUGAGCAUAUCGAAAACACAUCACAUUCGUCGCAAUUCAGCCAUGGCGGUCUUUCGAUCAUGAGUGCAACAGCCCUCAUCAGUGGAAAGAUUGCCGGUUUAGGGAUUCAGAUACUUCCUGGUGCUAUUUCAAGGACUGGUGUAUGGGGUCUUAUUGUGGCCAUUGUUGCCUUGCUUCUGUCAGCUUUCUCUGGAACAUUACUAUCGAAGAGUUGGAUCAUCUUACGACAUAGAUUUUCUAAAUACAGAACAGAAAUCCAUCGAUAUCCCUACCCAGCCCUCGCCUACGAGGGGUAUGGAAUUUGGGGCAGGCGGAUAGCAUCUGUUCUCCUUUAUCUGUACGGCGUCGCAAUCUGUACGACCGGAUUACUAAUCCUAGCAGAUAAUCUCGAUGUAUUACUUAAUCUCGUCGGAGUACGUCUCACGGUCUGCUCGUACUUGCCCAUCGUAGCAGUGUGUGUCUGCCCCUUCCUCUGGAUGGGAACUCCAAAGGAUUUCUGGUUUGCAGGUUACUUCGCCGUCAUCACUGCCACUACGGCCGGUGGGUUCCUGUUCAUCGGAGCCCUGCUCGACCACGAGUACUACUCCAACCUCGACAACCACGGCGGAGUCGAAACCGCAGAGGUUUUGUCAUCUAUGGGCGAUAUCAUAUUCGCGUACGCGGGCCAGUCGGUGUAUCCCACAGUGCAACACGAUAUGCGUAAUCCGGAAGAUUUCACGACCAGUGUACUAUUUGGUUACGCAGUUAUAGCAAUUAUUUAUUUUCCGGUCACCGUAACGUGCCUCCUCAUCUACGGUGAGACUUUUCAAGCGGUCGGGGCAGUAAACAUCCUGGACAUUGUGACGUCACAUUUUAUCACCGUCCCCUUCAUAAUUCUAAUAAUGUGUUAUACGAUACCAGUCAUCAUCAUCACCUCGAAUCCAUUCUUCCAAGAUGCUGAAGAUUUUUUCAAUAUUCCUUACGAAUUCACGUGGAAACGCUGCUUACUCCGUUCGUUGUAUGUGCUCUUUCUACUCGUCAUCGCCACUACUUUCCCACACUUUACGACCUUUUUACCGCUGGUUGGUGGUCCGCUCGUAGCAGUCGUUAAUUUCAUCCUCCCUAUUGUCAUAUACGCAAAACUUGUUAGUCUCGAACCCCCAGCCGUUGCACCCGAGAGUAUAAUUCCCGCGUGUUUAACCAACACGUGUCACGUGAUUAUUGUGAUCGUUGCAAUCGUUGGAGCAGGGAUGUCGUCUGGUACAGCUCUCUAUCGUCUCAUUAUGCACCACAACGACGUUUAUCUACCGUGCUAUGCUAAUAUAAGUUCCUACUAUAACUAUGACAUGUGAAGAAGUCCAGUCGAUCGAACACCCCCCCCCCCGGUCCCUGUUACUAUUAUGUUCUGUGUAACAAACGAAGAGAGUUUUGUGGAAAAGGGACCAGGAAUCCAAUAGU